AAUUAUUUCAGCCUUGGAGGAUUGCUUCAUUACAACUACGUGUAAAUAUGAGAGGGUCCGAAGAGGAGGUCUCGUCCUCUCUUUCGGCAGCCAGGCACAUCCUUUUCCUGGUGUGAACUGGUUCGUGCACCGGCAGUGUCUUCAGUGUGAAAGUGGGCAGGGCUCCUGUGGAGAACAUGAGGUCAGAGCCCUUGUAGGAGUUCCCUUCUGCAGCAACAAAUCAGGCAGCAGCAAUGAACUACCUGGAUGAAGUUCCCUUCCGGACAGCCAUGAGCCUCAAUGGGGACUCAGAGGGAGAAAUCCCUUUAGUCACUGCCCCAGACAUUGAGCUCCCUGACUGCACCGACAUCCUCAUGAGCACCAUGCACGACUUCUCGCUGGAAAGGAAGGUGCUGUACUGGGUGGAGGUGGCCUCUCAGCAGCACACCUCCCGCCAUCGAGUCACCUCCGAAGUUGUCCCCACAGCUCCCCCGUGCUGGCUGCUGCUGGUGGACCCUGCUGACAGCUACGGGGGGCGGGCUCGGGAGGGGGCAGUGCGGCGCUCCAUCAGCCUGAGCGCUGCCGACAGCUCCUACGGGCACGCCAAGGGCAGGGCGGCCCUGUCGGACACCGAGAGCGACACCUGGCACUCAGAGGAGGGGGACUACUCGGAUGAUGAGUACUCCUCCACCUCUUGGGAAGAGAAUGACAAGGACGAAACGCUCCUCUCCAGGAGGAGAAGCUCUUCAAGAAGCGUCUCUUCACGCCCUGGCUUUUACCAGACCCGACCAAAGACAUCGCCCGGCUUGCUGGAGCCCUCGCCAGAGAACAAUGUCCACAGCCCAGCCAGCCCAGACCCCAGCAAGCAGAGAAGAUCCAUGGUGAUAUUUAACAACAUGAAGAACGAGCUGGAAGCAGCCAGGAGGAAGCUGGCUGCUUUGGUGCAUCCUUUGAACAGAGCUGCCACUGGGAGCAGGGGCAUCCUGGUGCCACGGCUGCUGCCCCAGUGCCCUGGCACCAACCACAGCGUCAAGUAUGGGCCAGACCCAGAUGUGUCCCAGCAGGGGAAUGUUGUGCCAACUCCUCCAGCCACAGCCACGCCGAUCCCUCCCAUCAAGCAGCACAAGCCCACGGUGCCGUCCCUCAGCCCCUACACUUGCCUCCCCCCUGCCUCCACGCCUGGACGACCUCUCAGCUGCCACAGAUCCCAGCCAGAUUCCUCAGCUGACCUGCUCUCUGCACUGAGCCAAGAGGAGAGAGACCUCAUCGAGCCUGUCAUAGCCUUGGGCUACCCCACCCAGAAAGCCAUCCUCACCCUCCAGAAGACAGGAAGGCAAAGCUUAAGUCAGUUUCUGAGCUACCUGGGUGCCUGUGAUCGGCUGCUGAAGCAGGGCUAUGAGGAAGGGCAGGUGGAGGAAGCCAUGGAAAUGUUCCAGUACUCCGAGAAAAAGGCAGCUGAAUUCUUACAUCUGUUGGCUCAGUUUAAUGACAUGGGCUUCCAGCAAAAUGAAAUCAAGGAAGUUCUUUUGCUUUGUGGGAAUCAGAGGGAGAGGGCGCUGGAGGAGCUUGUGAUGAAAACCCACUGAGCAG